AUUGCAUAACCUUUUCAUAAAACGGCUUUGUUUGGAGUUUUUGCUCUCUGGAGGCUAAAUCGUUGACCCGAGUUUUUCAAACUUUUCAAACUGAAUCAUUUGCGAUCAUGACUCUACAAAAAAACGGCCAGAAUAAAGCUGACCGGAUACAAGCGAACUCACUUAAAAGAGCAAUAACUAGCUGGCUUUCUGCCGAUCAUCACUGCACCUACAUGCAGGAUAUGCAGGAUCCCAGUUCAGCUGAAAAAUCGGCCACUGAGCACGUGCAUUAAUUUUUCGAAAUGUCAUCCCAAACCGGAGCUGGCCCUCUGACCGAUCGGCAGCGGUGGGCACAUUGACUGCGUUACUGUAACCCCCACCACCCGAGAGUGGGAGGCAAUCUGACAGAUAUGUCAGACGACUUCUGACAGCCCUGUGCCGCGCCUGAUUGACAUUUGGAGGAUGGUCUGGUGUCGAAUGAUAUAAAACCGGCGGGUCCCAGCCAGAAGGUGUGCGGUCCCAGUUUUGGAGCCAGCCAUGAAGCUCCUCUCACUUCUCGCGCUGCUUUGCGUGGCAGUCCUCUCUACGGAGGCCACCUUCAAAUGCAACAAAUUUGGUGAGAUUUGCUCCAAGGGCAAAAACUGUGCUCCAGGACUGGGCAAGCCGGGCCUGACUUGUCAGAGCAGCAAGAAGAUCGGCGGCUGUGCGGAUCUGUGCCAGUUCGGUGGUAAAUAUUGCCCGGAUGGAAAGAUCUGCAAGUAUUCCAAGGGCAGACGCGUUUGUGUCUUCCCCAAGAAGUACAAGGUCAAGAAGUGCACUAAGUUCGGAAAGUCUUGCGCCCCUGGUCGCAAGUGUAUUCCCUGCUACCUGCGCAAAGGACUUUGUUGUCGCCGUGCCGCACUGCUCAGAAAGAACUACUGUGGAUUGAAAUACAAGGUCUAUGGCAAGAAGUGUGGUACAAAAUACUUCAGGAAGGGCUGCUACAAGGUUGGAAACUACUGUCCCGACGGCAAGCAGUGCCGCAGGUACAAGAACGGCAAACUCGCUUGCGUCUUCAAAAAGAAACUGCCUGCCUGCAACUCCUACGGUCAGCUUUGCGGCCAGAAGAACGACAGGAACUGCCAGUACUGCUUCCUGAGGAAGGGACUGUGCUGCCGCCGCAGGAAGCUGCUCGGACCGGCUGCCAAGCACUGUCGCUACGGUGGCAAAUGGUGCCCGAAGAGCUUGACCUGCAGACAGAGCAUCAAGAAGGGUGUCGUGAUCCGUCGCUGCGUCUACAUUCCGAAAUGCAAACGCGCCGGCCAGUCGUGCGGUAUUUUCAAGAGGAAGGUCUGCGUGAAAUGCGGCAAGAAACUGUGCUGCCGUAAAGGAGUCACCAAGCCGCAAUGCAAAAAGCGUUGCAACGUGUGGUGGAAACAGUGCUCACUGAAGUGUCGCAAGGGCUUCAUUGGCUGGUGCUGCAAGCCCAGGAAGAUCACCAAACCCCAGUGUCUGAAGAGAUGCAAGGGCAAGUACAAGUACUGCUCAAAGAGGGGUUGCGCUAAGGGCUUCCUCGGAUACUGCUGCAAGACUCGCCCCUACAUCAGCCUCAAAAAAUGUCUUCACACGUGCAAGGGCAAGUACAAGUACUGCUCCAAGAACAAAUGCCCCAAGAACAUCCGUGGAUACUGCUGCAAGAAACGUCCGGUCAUCACCAAGAAGCAAUGCCUGAAGACCUGCAAGGGCAAGUACAGGUACUGCUCCAACAAGAAAUGCCCAAAGAACAUCCGUGGAUACUGCUGCAAGACCCGGCCCUACAUUAGUCUGAAGAAAUGCCUGUACACGUGCAAGGGCAAGUACAAGUAUUGUACCAGCAAGAAUUGCCCCAAGAACAUUCGGGGCUACUGCUGCAAGACCCGCCCGGUCACCACCAAGAAGCAAUGCCUGAAGAGAUGCAAGGGCAAGUACAGGUACUGCUCCAACAAGAAAUGUCCCAAGAACAUCCGUGGAUACUGCUGCAAGAUCCGGCCCUACACCAGCCUGAAGAAAUGCCUGCACACCUGCAAGGGCAAGUACAAGUACUGCUCCAAGAACAAAUGCCCUAAGAAUAUCCGAGGAUACUGCUGCAAGAAACGUCCGGUCAUCACCAAGAAGCAAUGCCAGAAGACCUGCAAGGGCAAGUACAGGUACUGCUCCAACAAGAAAUGCCCCAAGAACAUCCGUGGAUACUGCUGCAAGAUCCGGCCUAUCAUUACUCUGAAGCAAUGCCUGAGGACCUGCAAGGGCAAGUACAAGUACUGCUCCAACAAGAAGUGCCCCAAGAACAUCCGUGGAUACUGCUGCAAGACCCGACCGGUCAUCACCAUGAAGCAAUGCCUGAAGACCUGCAAGGGCCAGUAUAAGUACUGCUCCAACAAGAAGUGUCCCAAGAACUUCCGUGGAUACUGCUGCAAGACCCGGCCCUACGUCUCUCGCGAGAAAUGCAAGGCCUCCUGCAAGUCCACCGGCAUGUACUGCGUGAACAAGGGCUGCCCCAAGAACUACCACGGCUGGUGCUGUCUCAAGAUGAGCUGCAAGGGCAAGAAGAAGUGCUAGACCCAUACCCUGCUAGACCCCAUACGACGAUCAACCAGUGACCUAAAAUCACUAAGAUGACCUGGCUCCGAAAAUAAACGUGAAACCC